CGGUGCCCCCCCCCCUCCCCGGUGUCCCCCCCCCCGCCGUUCCCGCAGCGGGGGCGGGGCCGCCCCCAUCACGUGGCGGCGGGGGGAGGCCGGAGCGCGGAGCAUGGCAGCGCUGGCGGCCGCCUCCCCUGGCACAGAUGAGUGCCUGGAGGAGGACGAGGACGAGCUGGAGCCGGGGCUGGACAAAGCCGAGGCCGAGCCGGAGCCCGAGAGCCGGGCGAAGGCGGCGGGGGGCUCCCGGGGGGCCGUGCUGACCCGCCGCGGCAUCACCCUGCGCAUGCUGCUCCGCGAUGGGCUCCUGGAGCCGGCCCGCGGCGUCCUCUCCAUCAACUACCUGGGCAAGAAGUUUGUGGGGGACCUGGGUGCGGACGGCACCAUCACGUGGCAGGAGACGGGCCAGGUCUUCAACUCGCCCAGCGCCUGGGCCACCCACUGCAAGCGCCUGGUGAACCCCGCCAAGAAGUCGGGCUGCGGCUGGGCCUCCGUGCGCUACAAGGGCCAGAAGCUGGACCAGUACAAGGCCGCCUGGCUGCGCAAGCACCAGCCCAACGCGCCCGCCGCCGAGGCGAGCUUGGCCAGUGAUGAGGACGAGCUGCCUGAGGAGGAGGAGGAGGCGGCGGUGGUGAAGGAGAAGGAAGGCCGGGUGCCCGCACCGGAGCCAACGGCCACCAAGAGACCGGAGGAGAAGAGCAAGAAGCAGCAGUGCCGGAGCCUGGCGGAGCAGGCGGGGAUGGGUGAGGAAGGGCAGGGUCCCCUGGGGGGGGCAAAGCCCCCCAGCCGCAGUGACGGGGCGCUCUGUUCCGCAGAUCAAGCCCCCCCGGGGAAAAAGCCGGAGAACAAAGCCCAGGUGCCCGUCCGCUACUGCACCCUGGGCACCCGUGACACGGGCAGGAACCCCCAGACCCUGGUGGAGGUGAUGCCCUUCGCUGCCAUCAACAAGUUCCAGCCCUUCAACGUGGCCAUUUCCAGCAACGUCCUCCUGCUGCUGGAUUUCCACAGCCACCUGACGCGGAGCGAAGUGGUGGGGUACCUGGGGGGCCGGUGGGACACCAACACGCAGCUGCUGACGGUGCUGCGAGCCUUCCCCUGCCGGAGCCGCUUGGGUGACGCCGAGGUCGGGAGCAUCGUGGAGGAGGAGAUCUGCCAGAGCCUGUUGCUGCAGGGGCUGUCGCUGGUGGGCUGGUACCACAGCCACCCCUUCAGCCCCGCGCUGCCCUCCCUGCACGACAUCGACGCGCAGAUGAAUUACCAGCUCAAGCUGCAGGGCAGCGGCAACGGCUUCCAGCCCUGCCUGGCUCUCAUCUGUGGGCCGUACUAUCACGGCAACCCCGGCAUGGAGUCCAAAAUCACGCCCUUCUGGGUGAUGCCGCCCCCAGAGCAUCCCCAUGGAGGUGGAGGUGACCCACAUCCAGGACGGCUUCCUCACCAACGACGUCCUGCAGGAGAUGCCCCUCUCUCCCCUGCCCCAGACGCUGCUGGUGGAGUUUUACAAGGGGGCCCCCGACCUGGUGAAGUUCCAGGAGCUGUGGAGCCAGGACCAGACCUACCUGGACAAACUGAAGGGCUCCCUGGCCUCCCGCACCCCAAAAGACCAGAGCUUCACCCACGCCCUGGAGCAGAUCUACAGCCUCCUGAAACUCAGCGGCUGAGGAGCCGGGAGCCCCGACCGGCUCAGACCUUCCCUGCAGCCAGAGCUGCCCUCGGCGAAGGGCAACGGGCGCAGGGCAGCGCCGCGGGGCCGCCGCGUGUCGCCCGCUGCCUCCAGGCACCCGGCAGAGGGGUGCCAGGUCCCUGCCGUGCCCCGGAGCAGCUCCCCGGGGAGUUGUGCGGCCGGGCCCGGCGCGGUGGCGGGGAGGGUGACGGUGGUGGUGGGAGUCUCACCUGCACGUUGUUUGUGGAAGUGGUAGUUGAUUAAAGAGCAGUUCCUGAGA